GCGAGGAGCGGCAGCAGCGCGCAGCUCGAGCCGACGCUCGGCUUCUUUGUGACGGACAAACUGCCCGCUGCGGCCCCGGGGCAUGCUGGGACUCACCUGGUCACCGGACCCGACUAGACCGGGACCGAUUCACGGGAUACACGGGAGACCACCGGUUGAUAGCGGGAGCUUCAGAGACCAGUCUGAGGGUCUGGGUCUGAAUCCAACUGAUCCGACCCUGCUGCCCCGCAGCCAUGCGGGUCUGUUCCUGCAGACCCUCCGGACCCUGAUGCUGAAGAGACCCUGAGGACCCUGUUCCUGCAGACCCUCCGGACCCUGAUGCUGAAGAGACCCUCCGGACCCUGUUCCUGCAUACCCUCCGGACCCUGAUGCUGCAGAGACCCUGAGGAUCCUGUUCCUGCAGACCCUCCGGACCCUGAUGCUGAAGAGACCCUGAGGACCCUGUUCCUGCAGACCCUGAGGACCCUGAUGCUGCAGAGACCAUGAGGAUCCUGUUCCUGCAGACCCUCCGGACCCUGAUGCUGAAGAGACCCUGAGGACCCUGUUCCUGCAGACCCUCCGGACCCUGAUGCUGAAGAGACCCUCCGGACCCUGUUCCUGCAUACCCUCCGGACCCUGAUGCUGCAGAGACCCUGAGGAUCCUGUUCCUGCAGACCCUCCGGACCCUGAUGCUGAAGAGACCCUGAGGACCCUGUUCCUGCAGACCCUGAGGACCCUGAUGCUGCAGAGACCCUGAGGACCCUGUUCCUGCAGACCCUCCGGACCCUGAUGCUGCAGAGACCCUGAGGACCCUGAUCCUGCAGACCCUCCGGACCCUGAUGCUGCAGAGACCCUGUUCCUGCAGACUCUCCGGACCCUGAUGCUGCAGAGACCCUGAUGACCCUGUUCCUGCAGACCCUGAGGACCCUGAUGCUGCAGAGACCCUGAGGAUCCUGUUCCUGCAGACCCUCCGGACCCUGAUGCUGCAGAGACCCUGAGGAUCCUGUUCCUGCAGACUCUCCGGACCCUGAUGCUGCAGAGACCCUGAUGACCCUGUUCCUGCAGACCCUGAGGACCCUGAUGCUGCAGAGACCCUGAGGAUCCUGUUCCUGCAGACCCUCCGGACCCUGAUGCUGCAGAGACCCUGAGGACCCUGUUCCUGCAGACCCUCCGGACCCUGAUGCUGCAGAGACCCUGAGGACCCUGAUCCUGCAGACCCUCCGGACCCUGAUGCUGCAGAGACCCUGAGGACCCUGUUCCUGCAGACUCUCCGGACCCUGAUGCUGCAGAGACCCUGAGGACCCUGAUCCUGCAGACCCUCCGGACCCUGAUGCUGCAGAGACCCUGAGGACCCUGUUCCUGCAGACUCUCCGGACCCUGAUGCUGCAGAGACCCUGAGGACAGAGGUCAUGACCUCCAGGAGGGAGCGGCUAGAGGCCACCGUGUCCGGACUUGGGGAGCUGGAGUACCUGCGGCAGCGGCAGGAGGUGCUGGUCCGGGCUGCGCUGGAGCUCCAGCAGGAGGAGAAGAUUGAGAAGGAGGAGAAGAAAGAGGAGGAGAAGGAGAAGAAGAAGAAGAAGGAGAAGGAGGAGACUGAGAAGAAGGAGAAGGAGGAGCCGCGGAGCUCCGAGGAGAAGCUCCUGGAGGAGAACAUCCUGCUGCUCAGGAAACAGCUGAACUGUCUGAGGAGGAGAGACGCUGGACUCAUCAGUCAGCUCCAGGAGCUGGACCGGCAGAUUAGUGACCUGCGAUUGGACAGCGAGGCGUCACAUGACCACCAGGAGACGGACAGCCGACCCAGUUCAGGUUUCUAUGAGUUGAGUGACGGUGUCUCUCUCUCCAACUCGUCAAACUCCGUCUUCAGUGAGUGUUUCUGUUCCACGGCUGAAGCUGAUGGCCGUCUUCUGUCUGCAGAUGAGCUGGCCAGCUGUUUGGACUGUGACUGUUUGGUCGGAGGACUUUGUGAUGACUUGUCCUCCUCAGUCCGCCGCCGCUCGCUCUCUGUUCCUUACCCGGCUUCCCCGGAUCCGGCUUCAUCAGUGGACUCCUCCAAGUACCACUGCGACCUGAUAGCCCGAAAUGGCAGCGACAUUUACCGCUACCCGAGUCCGCUGCACGCCGUGGCCGUCCAGAGCCCCGUCUUCCUGCAGAUGGAGGGUCACAGGGUUCACGGAGGUCCCGGCAGAGACGGUGUUGUUGAAGGACUCAAACCAGAAUCCUCUCCUCUAUCUGCUUCUGAUUCAGCUCCUCUUGUGUCUCAGAGCUCCGCUCGGCCGACUUCUUCCUCUCAAGCUCCUUCCUAUAAGCGACUAGACAGCUACAUCUGCAGUCUGCUGCAGCGGAGGGCCCUGCCUUUCAGGACCAGCAGACCCAGGACCAGUAUCAGCGCUGACCCGUCAAAGAGCAUCCUAAGGCAGGCCAGUCUCUGUGUGAUGCAGUUGUCUGGGUCGGGUUUCAGGACUCUGAGGAAGUUUGACUUCAAACCCUGCGGGCCGACCGGAGGAGCAUCAGCAGGAGGUGCCGCACCCUUGUCUUCUCAGAGACAGUGGUCUGUGGACAGUAAAUCAGUAAAGGAGACCCAGAAUGUUUUCCCUGAUAACAGCGUUGACUCGAUGCAAAAUAUAUUCAGGAUGAACAACAAGGACUCGGCACAAAACCAGAAUAUCUCUCCUUCUGGUGUUGGCCUCCAAAGGGACUCUUCUGUCACCAACCAGGACAUUGAUACAAGCAGCAAAACGCUUCCUCCUCCCUCAGCAGUGUCAGACUUCAGGGGGCUAGGUAGUCCCAAAGCUAACUCCUCCCCCAAAGAGACCAAGGAGCCAUGUUACUCUCCGGAUCCAGACCUGCUCCUCAAAUCACCAGCAGUUAUCAAAACAGCUGCUCCCAAGAACAGCCCGAAGCAUCCACAAACUUUACCGAAAGAGAAGGAUGAUAUGUCAGUGCUCGAGGUAGCCGGUUCCUCCUCCCAGAGUCAGGAUGAAGCAGGAGGAGGAGGAGGAGGAGGAGGAGGAGGAGGGAGUCAUAUGGUUAACGCCAAGAGCAUUCCCGCCCAGCAGCACAUCUUUAAACUCCACAAGGCCAGCAAGAAUGUGAAGACGGUCAAGAUGAAGACCACCACGACAAUGAGUCGGGGCUCUGAACACAACGAGCCUCCGUCAGAGAGGAGAGGUGACAAGUCCCACCACAGGUCCGGUUCUAAAAAGUCCCGGCUGCUGGACGACAGAGGCUCCGUCAACACUAAAGUCUCCAAGAGAGCCAGCGGUGCUCCUGGCGCAUCCAUCUCAUGGAUCAAACGCCUCCCUGCGUCCAUCCAAGAGAGCCGAGUUUUGGACAAACAGGGCACGUCGACAACGAGCAGUGUGCAGUCAGGUGCGUCCAGGCACCACCAUCACCAUGGACACCACCACCACAGACGUGACCAAGUCUUGGUUGUUGCCAAACUGAAGUACAAACGGAAUGAUUACCGGCAGUUACGUGCGAUCGCGGAGGUACCAAAGAAUGAGUCGUUCAGGCGCGCUCAGAAAAAGGAGCUGUUGAUCCAUUCUGCAGCCGGUGUGUGUCCCCCCCCUCCUCCUCAGGUGAGCAGACCGUAUUCCUACGUGGCAGGAAGUGACUCAGAGUAUUCGGCCGAGUGUGCGUCUCUCUUCCACUCCACCAUCGCUGACUCCAGUGAGGACGAGAGGUCCAACUGCACCACAAACCGCUUCGGAGACAGCGAGUCUGGUGAGGAGGAGUACGUGGAGGAGAGCUCCACCAGCGAUACGGAGGAGAGUGGAGGAGGCGGGUCAGGUUGCAAGGCAGGUGGGAUGGGCCAGGGGCGGAGCCAGUCAGGGGGAGCCGGGGCCAGAGUGGCAGGGCUGGAAAUGACUCCGGCUCAGCCGAAGGCCUUCGUUAAGAUCAAGGCCUCCCACCACCUGAAGAAGAAGAUCCUCCGAUUCAGGUCAGGUUCUCUCAAACUCAUGACCACCGUGUGAGGACGCCAAACUGGACCACAACCAUAUAUGUUGGGGGGCCUUACCCAUGCACUCCUAGUGUACCUGAACCCCACCUGAAGGAGAAACAGACAGUGCUGCACAUACUCGUGAGCCCGAGAGGCGAUUCCGUCUUUGUGAAAGCAUUCAGGACUUUUUUCUCGCGGUUCUGAUGCAUCUCGUUAAUUAACUUUACAACAGUUACAUAAACAUCUUGAUCUGCAAUCAUAUCAUCUUAUUGACUUCCUGUGUCUGAGUUGUGGCUUCAGGUCCCACCGGGCCGUUCACACGCCACAUCACUUCCUGUUUUACAUAUUACAAUUAAAGAGGCUUGCCCCCACCACCACCACUUCUUGCGUUCAGGAUGCAGCAUUAGAUGCUUUGUGGAAACUGUUUGUAAAGAGGUGGAAAGUUGCUUUGGUGUUUGUGAUACUUCCUCCCACCUGACUGACCUGACUGACCUGAGAUACUUCCUCCCACCUGACUGACCUGACUGACCUGAGAUACUUCCUCCCACCUGACUGACCUGACUGACCUGAGAUACUUCCUCCCACCUGACUGACCUGACUGACCUGAGAUACUUCCUCUCACUUGACUGACCUGAGAGAAGACCCAGAGGCAUCUGAGUGGUUGUGUUUCUAUCUGCCGUCACAGCCUCCUUGGUACCAGGAUCGUAUCAGAACUGGAGAAAUACUGAUUCCUGGGUAAUCCAGCUCAAGGCCAUGAACCAGACGAAUGGUCGUUCUUCAGAGAGUAGUAGAAUGUCUCUUAAGACGUGUCUUAAUGUCCCCAGAAUGUUCUUCACGUGUGAGGCAAAAUGUGGCAGACAGUUAAUCUCUUGUUUUUAUUGUCACCAAUAUGCCACAUGUCUGUAAAUGCUUCUCUUUUUAUGACGCAGUCCUGAUUUACAUUGUUAUCUUUUGAUGAAAGUUAUUUAACCUAAUAUAUUUGCUUGCUUCUUAUUGAAUGUCACACACGGUGCUGACGGACAGCUGGUCGUUGUGUUUAAACACCAGUCUGAAGUGUUAGAUGAGCAUCCUGCUCUCAGAUCAGUGGAGGGAACCUGGCUCCUCAAGCUGAGACCAUUCAGGAGAAUAUAUCAAAUAAAUCAAGGAGAACAUUUUUUGUGACAUUAUCAGAAUAUGUUGGUGGUUUUGAAUCAAAACUGCUAGGAUGGGAAAUAAAGUCACUUACAUACAGGAUGUUACCUUCAUUUAAGUUGUGCUUGUGAAAACAUCAAACACACAAUGUUCACCAUCUGGAGUUCAUUUAUUACUGUUUCUGCUUGUUAGCUCGAUUGAGGCUCACACGUUUCAGAUUUAAUCUGUUUCCAGGGUGUGUUAGCCUAUCUUAGCACAAUGACUAGAAGCAGGGGAAACCGUUAGCAAAGCUUCACCAACAUAGAACUUGUGUGCUUAUUAAAUGUGUCGGAAUGUAAACGUGAGCAGGAGACAGUGGUUUUAGUAGCAGUUAGCAUUGAAGCUAUUAUUUUAUUGGUCCGUUCUCUGUACAUUCUCGACUUUAUAACACUACAAUUUGAUAAAACUACUAUUGGAAAAUACUAUAAAUCUACUAGUUGGAGAGGUUUAGACUUCUAAACAAAAACACAUUUAAAGAAUAUGUGGGAACAGGAAGUGGACAAAUGCUCCUAACUCCCAUUGGAGCUCCAUGCUCUUAUUGUUGAGUCUCAUUUUAUUUUGUGAUCUAAUUACUCAGUGUUGUUGUCUUCCGAUAUCUAGGCUACUUCUUGUUUUCACUUAAACUUGGUUUACACAUGAAGCUAUUUCAAGUUUCAGAUUUUUUCUGUAAAAACGUUUUAUUUCAAACUUUACAGCCAAAAACCUUGAACCCAAAGUGAGGCUAGAGACCCGGUGAGCCGCUUCAUACUGGUCGACUUUCCUCCUGUAAAUGAGUACUGAUGUGACUGUAUGCCGAUACCGGUGCUGAAACUUUUAUGCUUCAUUAAACGUUGACUUUGACUUUAAA